UUUACCAUAAUACCCUUUAACCCAUCCAAUCCGACGUAUUUGAUUUUUCCUCCUUUCUUCUUCCCCUUUUUCUCAAAUUCCUCUGUUUCAUCUCUGCUCCAAUGGCGGCUCUGAAACUCCCAAUUCUUCUCCACUUCUUCUCCCUUCUUUUCUUCUCCAUCUCCGCCGUCGAUUUCGUCUUCAAUGGCUUCAAUUCCACCGAUCUCUUCCUCUACGGCAACGCCACCGUCGAAUCCCCUGUUCUUGCUCUCACAAACCAAACCAGUUUCUCAAUCGGCCGCGCUCUGUACCCAUCCAAAAUCCCCACGAAAAACUCCAAUUCCUCAACAGUUUUCCCUUUCUCCACUUCUUUCAUCUUCGCCAUGGCUCCUUUCAAGGAUCUCCUCCCCGGUCAUGGCUUCGUUUUCAUCUUCGUUCCGGCCACCGGAAUCUCCGGCACGGCCUCUGCUCAGAAUUUAGGGUUUUUGAACUUCACGCUCAAUGGAAACCCUAAUAACCAUGUUUUUGGAAUUGAAUUCGAUGUGUUUGCUAAUCCGGAGUUCAAUGAUCCCGAUGAUAAUCAUGUCGGAAUUAAUUUGAAUUCCUUAACCUCUAACUUCACCGGAGUUGCUGGGUCUUGGUCUGACGGCGGCUCGUUCAGUAGUUUCCGGCUUAAUAGCGGCGGAAACUACCAAGUCUGGGUUGAUUAUUCCGAUUUUGAGAUGAACGUUACGAUGGCUCCGGCGGGGAUGAAAAAGCCACGGCGGCCGUUGAUUACCGCCUCCCUGAAUCUCUCGGAGAUUUUCUUAGACGAAAUGUACGUGGGGUUCACGAGCGCCACCGGCCAGUUAGUUCAAGGCCACAACAUCUUAGCUUGGAGUUUUAGCAACACCAAUUUUUCAUUAAGCGAGAGUUUGGUUACCAUUGGAUUGCCCUCCUUCCUUCUCCCAAAAGACCCAUUUAUGAAGUCGAAAUGGUUCAUCGCCGCCGUGACGGUUGGCGGAUUUCUAGUUCUUUGUUUUAUCGUUGGGACUUUGGGGAUUUUGAUCGCCGACCACCGGAGGAGAGCGAGGGCAAGAGCUGAAAUGGAGGAUUGGGAAUUUGAGUAUUGGCCGCAUCGAAUCACAUAUCAAGAACUUGAAUCAGCGACGAAAGGAUUUGGUGAAGAAAAUGUGAUCGGAAUUGGAGGGAACGGGAAAGUUCAUAAAGGGGUUUUGGCCGGAGGAGGUUUAGAAGUUGCAGUGAAGCGUAUUUCUCAUGAAAACGACGGGAUGCGAGAGUUCAUAUCUGAAAUCACGAGCAUAGGGAGAUUGAAGCAUAGAAAUCUUGUUAGUUUGCGAGGUUGGUGUAAGAAAGAGAAGGGAAAUUUCUUACUGGUUUACGAUUACAUGGAAAAUGGAAGCUUAGACAAAUGGAUAUUCGAUUGCGACGAGACAAACAUGUUGAGCUACGAUGAUCGAAUCAGAAUAUUGAAAAACGUAGCCUCAGGGGUGUUGUAUUUACACGAAGGAUGGGAAUCAAAGGUUCUUCACAGGGACAUAAAAGCGAGCAAUGUGUUACUAGACAAGGACAUGAAUGGAAGGCUAGGAGAUUUUGGGUUGGCUCGAGUCCACAGCCAUGGCCAAGUGGCUAGCACGACUAGGGUUGUUGGGACGAUGGGUUACAUCGCACCUGAGUUGGUUCGAAGCGGACGAGCCUCAGCUCAAUCAGACGUGUUUAGUUUUGGUGUCUUGAUUCUAGAAGUGAUGUGUGGGAGGAGACCAAUUGAGAAAGGAAAGUCACUGUUACUAGAUUGGGUUCGACGGUUGGAUGUCGAAGGGGAGUUGACUGCAGCACUCGAUGGGAGGUUGAAGAAGAAGGGCGGGUGGAAUGAGGAGGAAGUGAAGAGAGUGCUGCAUUUGGGAUUGUUGUGUGCACACGUUAACCCGAACGCUCGACCAACGAUGAGGCAAAUAGUGAAAAUUUUGGAAGGGAAGGUCGAGUUGGAUGAGAACGAGAGCAUAAACGCUUAUUUGGUUCAAAGAUUGAAAUCACCCGGAAUGUGGUGUGAUUCAAGCGUUGGUUUUGGGCAUACAUUGCAUCAUCCAACUUUUGAGGAUUUUCUUCACUCUUCUUCAACUUCCCUCUCUUGGUCAGCUUCGAUCGCGGCUUCCGCUUCCACGUGA